AUGACUAUUUCAUUUCAUAGUUUUGGUGUGUUACUUUUAUGCUGUUGCCUCGGAGCUGCAAAUUAUAUGCUUCUAUUUCAGUGCAUUGCAUGUGAUUCUCAAAACUGGCAACCAUAUUCUGAAUGUCAUAGAAAGUUACCAGAGAGGAUUAAAACGAACGGAGAAAACUGCGCUGAACGUUUCACAAACUCGACUCAUCCUGAUGUGGUUUUGCCGAAGAUCUGCCAGUCACUAGAACUGAUUUACGAGAUUGUCCAAUGCACUGAUGUCCGCAAAGGUUCCCCGGGAGGAAAGAAAGAAAAA